AUGAUUCUUUAUUAAAUCCAAAAAUGUGAACCUUAAUUUAUAUUUUUCCUUACAUUUUUACGUUGGAAAAUGAAAGUUUUCAAUCAUUUUCAAAUUCUAAUAACAAUUUUCAUACUAAUUACAUCACAGUGUUUAAUUUCUUUGUGUGAAACUCCUACUCCGAACAAUUUUUGGAAUAUUCCAGAAUAUGGUCAAAUACUUUCCCCAGAUCGUAUUAAACAGCCCGACACGCUGAAUAAAUCAUCUAGCACAACUCGUAACCGAAGUAAGAAAGUCAAUGCUUUAUUGACAGCAGUAGAAAUGUUGUCAGAAGAUCCCGAAUUCGAUGAUGGAGUUUAUUCUGAUAAGCCAGAAGAUGAUGACGACAGUUUUCAUCACCCGGUCGAAUAUGAAUACAACGAAAGUGGUAGCGAAGAGGUUAGAAAAAACAAAGACGACUCGUCUAACUUACGAUUUCACAAGUCAGGCUCCAACAGGAAAGACGAAGAGGAGGGCCGUGGUUUCGAAUCGUCCAGCAGCUCUUCCGCCCUGGUGAAUUUUUUGAUGUCACCCCUCAAACCAUUCUCACAAAGAUUUCAACUCCCCUCUGUCUUUGGUCGAAGUAAGAAACGGAAGCGACGGCGUAAACGUCCUCCUCCAAAAGGUACACGAGAUGGGGAUUCAAGAUUUGAUGACGGUGAUGAUGAUGAUGAUGAAGACGGGUUUGAUUUACAUGUGGAUUCUGACUCGAGUGCAGGUCACAAAAGGAAAAGGAAGCGAGGUCGAAGGGGUUGGUGGUGGUGGCGAAGUAGGGGCCGUGGUCGGAAACGUCGAAGGAAGCCAAAAAGGGGUUCAAGAAAGCGACGUCCACGUCGACCCAAGUACAAAAAGCCCAAAUAUGAUGAUGAAGAAAAUUAUGAUGAUAGUGAUGAGUACGAAAAGGAUCGAGAUUACGAGAAGCAUGUCCCAUUAAAGGUGACGUACAGUAGUGACCACAAUUUACUCCAACCACAAAGUGGAAUAAGUUUUGAUUCUGACCAAUAUAACAAACCAGAUCUGCAUCAACUUAAGGAGACAUCGACAUUAGGCGGAGGAGGAGGACAGCAGGCAACAUUUUUCGAAAAUUUAUUAAAAUUGGCAAGUGGUGGAGGAAGACCAGACUUGUUUUACACGGAUAGAAAUACGGGUCAUAGUGAGACAGUCGUGAAGGGCCAACGACAUUUCCCUAAAAGUAUUUACGACAAAUUGCCACGUCCUGCCAAGAACAAAGAAUACAGGACUUACCCGAUUGCUCCGCCGAACCAUCCCAUGAGGAUUAUGCGACCACCACUACCGCCAAUAAUUACCCCAUUUCCUCAAGCUUAUGAUUAUCAAUAUGAAAAUAGUGAGAGAAAUUUAGGUGGCAUAAAAACCGACGACCAAAUGGGGACACCAUUGGCAUCAAUUAGUUUUCCAAGGUUUCCACUAGCGUUACCCCAGCCGAAUAUCGAGACCAACCUUGGUCUACCUUAUCAAAAUCCCCCUCCACCAUAUACGGCUCCACCACGACCUUUUUCUGCAAAGUUUAACCAGAUUCCAAGAAAGAUACACAGAUUAGUUGGGCUAAGAUAUCGCAGUAGAACUCCCAGAAGAGGAGGAUUGCACUACACAAAUAUGAGGAACAAUGGAUUUAAUUAUUAUAGUAACAACAAUGGGAAUUAUGCGAUGCCCCCAGACAGUCAUUCAACCCCAGUAGUACCAACAUACGGUAGUCCAACAGUUUUCCACCAAAGUCCAUCAAUGAAUGCAGAUAAUAAUUAUAUUAAUUAUUACGAUAAUGAAUUUCAAAAUCAAUUGCCCAUGAACCCGGACCAACAACCCGCAAGCAACCACCUAAACGAGAAUCGGAUCCCGAAAAUCCAACCUCAAAUAAUUUAUGGAAAAUGGAAUCCACUUUGGAAAAUGGAAUAGAUGUUUCACAUUAAAAGAAUC